AUGACAGCAGGAGCGGUGGCGGCUCCGCUCAUCAUUCCCAUCAUCCAGCUGCAGACUCACGGAUCAAAGAACCACAUCGACACCGACACACCUGUAUCCAUUCAGUCAGAUACUCCAGCAGUGCAGAUCUUUUAUACUCUGGAUGGCUCGAAGCCGGCGGCGAUGCAGCGAGGCUCAGCGGGCAGCAGGAAGUACAGCGAGCCGAUCCUGCUGCCUGCUGGUCGGGUGGCUGUCAAAGCGCUCGCUGUCACCAGCGACGGCAGAGAAAGCUCCACGGUGACGAAGGUUUUCUCUGUUGAACUUGUGGAUUCAAUCAGCAGGAAGGAGGACGAGGAGAACUUCCUGCGGAGCGACCAGCAGCCGUCUGAAGGAACUUCGGCUGCCGCUUCGUCCCUGAGGCUUCCAGAGCCGAGGACGUUAGGAUCCACUUCUCCUCACUCAGGUCCUCGUUUCCUGAAGAGUCGACUUGGAUCUGCGACUGCCGCCCAAACUGGUUCCUCGGAGCGUUCCCAGUCUGUGAGUUCGGGCAUAUUGAAGCAGCCGAGCAGCACACAGACGACCCGAAUACAGAAAGAGACGGACUUCCUGCGGUGCGUUCAGUGUUUGAGUCCUCGUCCUUCGGAUCCUUUCGCUCGGUUCUGUGCUCAGUGUGGCGCCAUUGUUCCUCCGUUACCUGAACACAGACUUCCCCCUGCUGAGGGGGGACAGACGCUGCGCUGUGUGUUCUGUCACACUGUGGUUCCUGUGAACACUGAGACCUGUUUGAUCUGUGAAGCCUCGAUCCGUCAACAGCUACAACCACAGUCCAGCCUCCGACUGCAGGAUCAUGUGGUGUGUGUUUGCUGCGGAGGUGGAAAUCCAGCUCACAUCUCCAGAUGUUUGACCUGUGAGAGCCGCCUGCAGCCGGUGCGUGUUGGUAACAGCGCCCCCUCUGUCCCGUCAGCAGACUGCAGGAUGUUGUCCUGCUCCAGAUGUAAACGUGUAAACAGCAGUGACGCCAGAUACUGCGACUGGUGCGGCUCUAAGCCCGGUCAUGCAGCCAGCUAUGUGAUGUGUUGGCGAUGUGGAGCGAGCGGACACCCGUAUGCCUUCUACUGCGCCGCCUGCGGUGUUUUCCUGGAAGCUUCAGCCUCCACUUCUCAUGAUGCCACCUGGCAGGCCACGCCCUCCUCUGGCCCCGCCCCCGCCGUGACAUCACCCCCGUCCACCGCCGAGCAGCACACGCAGACCGUAGGACUCUAUUUCCCAUCAGCCACCGAGCUCCACAGGAAGGAGCAGCAGAAGGCGCUACAGCUCAGCAGGCAGCAGGUUCCCAGAGACCGCCAACCGCUGCUGACCCCCGUCAGCCCGGGCCGAGGUUACUGGAGGAAGCAGUUGGAUCAUGUUUGUGCUCACCUGAGGAGCUACGCCCAGAACAACGCCCCCUUCAGGGCUCUGCUGGGAGAACCUCGCAUGGGCCGGAUGGUUUCUGCUGUGAUUCAGGAAGAUCGCUACGAAGUCAGUCUGACCGUCAGCUUCGUGUCGGCCAGGCGGGAAGAAAAACAGGUGGAUCCUGAAAGUGUCGGACCAGCAGGUGACGGUGUUUUACCUUCUGGUCGGUCUGAGACUCUGAGCAGUGUGACAGAGCGACGUGCCGACAGCAGCAGAAGUGAUCUGACUGCUCUGAUGAAAUCCUCCAAACGGAGCGCAGCGCCCAAACCUCCAGUGAAGGACGGUCAGCUGCUAAGGGAGCUUGGUCCAGGUCGAGCUCAGAUCAGCGUCGUCCAGCAGAUCCUGGAUCAGGGAGCUGACCCGUCCUGCUGCGGGAGCGAUGGCCGACACGCGCUGGCUGUUGCCGUGGUAAACGGUCACCAUGACAUCCUUCCUGUUCUGGUGCAGCGAGGCGCCGACAUCAACCAGCAGUCCGGACAGAUGAAGAACACUGCUCUGCAUGAAGCUGCAGCUCUGGGCUCUGCAGGCCUGCAGUGUGCCGAGGUCCUGCUCAGCUGUAAGGCCGGCCUGAGUCGGAGGAACGCCGCCGGUCAGACGGUGUAUGACGUGGCGCUGAGCUCCGGCUGUGACGUCAUGGUGACGCUGCUCGCUGCCAGGAUGGGACGAGACUUACUGGGCAAACUGGGAAAACCCAAACUGAACCUGGACGUUUUCUGA